CUGCCGCCCCACCCUCGGUGAAACCGCCGCCAGCUUCAAGGCCCGACAAAAGCACGGAUUCACGAAGAAGUUGUUCAAAAGUUGUUUCAGUUUUCAAUCGCACAACCAAAACAGACUGUUGGAUCGGUACUUUCGCCUAACAUCUUGCAUCUGUACUCUGUUCCAUCCAAAGUAGUUAGCAACACCUCCUCUGUGAUCCUGCAAGACGACAGCCAUGGUGUCUUGCAAGAGGCUAGCGGCGUCGCGUCGCCAAUGCCUGUUCUUUAAUGCGUGCCUUUUCUGUCUUUUUAUCUGCACAGUUCAAAUUCGAGCCAUUGCAGGUGCGGAUCCAGAAAAGUGUGACCAGGAUGGUUCUCUUCUGAACCUGAGAGUUACGGGCAACUCUUCCGUUGAAUUCAAGUGCGGCGGUGCAGUGCCAAACCUUCAUCCGAAUCCCGGUAAAACGCCUCCGAUUGUUUGCGAAAACUCGAGUUGUACAAAUGAAGUCCCGUUAAACAUUCCUAACGCUACGUUGGUGAAGGAUUCAAGUGGGAAAGCAACAUUUACUGUCUCGGAUGCCUCGGUCGGUGCUACUACAGUUUAUUUGAAGUGCUCUUCACUUGCAAAUACCGCUGCACGCGUUGGCGCUGGUCAACCUGGUCAGGAAGCCGAGAAAGAAAAAACAUGCAUAGUUCAGACUUCAGUUUGGGGACCUCCCAUCAAAGGAUCCAAGGAGUAUCCAACACCGGAUGCCUGCAAGAAUGGAACGCUGAGCCUUGAAGUAAACUCAUCGAAAAAAUCAGUGACAUUUGCCUGCGGCGACAACGAAACGCUUUCUCCAGAACUUUUUGACAUGGUCUUCUCCACAAAAGAAUGCACCACCUCGUCGACGCUGGCAGAGCAUCUUUCCGGUGCUUCCCUGGUGCAGCACGCCAGAACCAACGCAGCGGAUGAUAAGAAACCAGCGUACACGUUCAGCGUCACAAGUUUACCGACAGAGGAGAAAACUCUGUGUUAUCAGUGUACAAAGAAAAACGCACAGAUGAAAGGGGAAGCUCAAAACACGUGUAAAGUUCUUAUUAAGGUCGCGAAGCAGGAAACCGAUACCGGCUCCACGACAGUUGCCCCGCCUAACGAAUCACGAGCGGAGCAUGGACAGUGGAACACGGCACUGAUGAUCUCUCUUAUCACUAUCCCUGUCGUGUUGAUGAAAAUGUUGUGAUGGUUUUAUGCUUUUCUUGUCGUUCCGUUGUGUAGCACCCGAAUUGUGGCGUCGACUGAGUAUAGUUGUCCGAAGUUGUGAGUUUGUGAACCGACGUUCCCAUACCAACGAUGCACCUGCGUAUUUACAAACGAACGCUGGGUUUCUGGGGGGAACAUGAGACAUCCGGAAAUUGAGUUGCCGAACUUGGUCCACGAAACAGAGUCAGGUAGAGGUGUCGGUCGUUUGAGGCCGCUUCCGCAGUUGUAUUCCCUCCGCGUGGAAACUACGGCAGGCUUUCAGGCUAGUCGAAUAUGUCCUUGGUCUUUGGAUUGCGAGUUUCGCGGGUUUUCAUCCCGCUCUGCGUUCUGAUCGACCCUUCCACACCUUCGGAUCAAGUGUUGUGCAAAUAUAUGGGUUGUAAUAGCAAGGAAACUCUUGUGUGGUACAGAACUCCCUUUUGUGCACUGAAUGCUAGCAACUCGCCAAGACAGGGGAGGAGACGUCGUAUUUCUGUUGUCCGGAUGAGGCAAUGGUAAUAAUGGGAGAGACACGCAUGAGGGGGCAUCUCACGUUUUGAGAUUUUCUUUUCGAUCGACAUGUAUCAACUCACUGGAGGCUGGGUUGGGCAAGCGUGAGCAGGUUGCGGCAGAGCAACUUGAGAGGAAGUACACAGACUUGCAGGUGCUACUUGUUGUCUUCGUUGAGAUACCCGACACUUAGUGUGAUGAUCCCUGUAAUGGAUUAAUGCAUGACGAUUCUCGAAGCUGCAGCGUUCGUUUUAGCUGCACGGCCUUCUCGUUAGAGAUGCUUUGGUGUUUGAAGCUUUCCGUGCCACUGGCAGACAUUAGAGGAAUAUAGUCGCGUGUAAAGGGACAAAGGCUGCUCCACAAUGUCGUCAGCCAGAAUAUCGUCAGGCCAGAACAUUUGUUCCUGGUACUAUAAAUAUCCGACAAUGUAUUUCAUCAGAUUGGGUCAUGCAAUGAAACUCCAUCGGGCCAUUGCUGUCGUAGAUUGUGCUUCUCUGAGAAGGGUAACCUGUAGUGUUCGUAGUGCUCACCGAUCGUAUCGCUGCGAUUCCCUUGCGGCUGCGCAGACACGGAACUCGAGAUCGAUACUUGAGUAGUAUACGGCCUCACUCUACAGCACUGCUGGUUUUCCCCGAAUGCAAACCGCAACAUUUUUCUUGAAGAGGAAACCGGAGGGCGUGACUCACAUCGUAUGGCCCAGUAUCAAUGAUGAUGGGAAUGAGGCAAGUCUGCAUCGCUGGCGACGUGCUCUGCUUCUCAGAAAUACUGAUUGGCAGCAGCGAGAGAGGUGACGUUUCUCAUUCUGUCGCAUCUUGAAUGGGACGCCUAACCCGCUGUCCGCCCUCUCGGGAAGGCUUCCGGCAUCUUCAUGGUCCAAGAAAAGCAUAAGUUCAAAGGUAGGGUUGCUCGCAAUUGGCUUCAGUUUUCAGUCACACUUCACGUAAUCUUCCGUUGCUUUUUCCGUCUUGGCUGUCCUCUGCCAAUAACGUCAACUCCGCUUGGAGCCUGCAAGACAACGCCAGCCAUGGCGUCCAACAGCCGGGCAGUGCCGUCAGUCCGGCAAUAAGCAUUGUUCGAUGUUUUUCGUUACUUGUAUUGACACAUUUCAGCAUCAUGUUGCUGCAGUUUUGGAUCUGCAGCAGUGUCAAGGGAAUGCUUCUGUUCUGAGCCUCAGUAUCAGACUCUUCCCAAAUAUAACUCAAGUGCGGCGGUGAUUCACUCUGUUCUGAUUUUCGGUGGUAAACAGAGCCUUCGAAAUUCUGUAUGACUGCUGUGCACCACCACUUCAUUGCGCUGCUGAAGACAGCUAAAAGUGCUGGAUUUCAGUACACUACGACACUGCGAUGAUUUGACAUCUCUUGUGUUGGAGGUG